GGUAAAUUCAAUUUUAAAUUUACAUAUAUUUUAAUAUAAAAAAAAUGUAUAUUAAAGAGUGAAAAGACAUAACAAUAGACAAUUCAAUGUUAAGUUUACAGGAAAUUUUACUAGUUUCAACUUUGUUUUUGUAAAUUGAGUAUGGAGGAAAGAUGAGGGAAAGAUACUGAAUCCAACAAGAGUAUAUUUGCAGUAGUAGAGCUCAUGUUCCAAUGGAACGUCUAUCUUCCCCAUAGCAAACCUUUAUUCCCGCCGCGGGAAUAAGCAGAGGUGUUGCGCCGUCGCUGAGACUCUUUGGGAGUUCAGAGAGAUGAUCCCCCAACAAACCCAAUUCCUUCUCGGAGACGCAGCUGUCUCUCCUACAUAUUACUCCAUUCCCCGAUCUUCUCUCUCUCUAAUAACACUCAACGAGUCCGACACCUCCGGGCUCCGACCCAAUGAGACUGUUUUAACAAAAAAAAAAACCCCAGAAAACAGGAAAGAAAGUGGCUUUGUAAGAGAGACCUCUCUGGUUUCAUUCUUUUCCUGAGUUUCUUCCUUCACCAAGAGAAUUUUGCCAUUGGUAUUUCCACCACCUUAAUUACUAUAUGAUGUUGUAACCACAAUGGUGCACGCAUCACAUAACCCAAUGCCCAAAAACAAGGAAGAGAGAGAUUGCAGAACUGCUUGCAGUUCACCUUCGUCUUUUCCCGAAAGAAAGAGACGCAGCUCUUCCCAUGUGAAUCACCCCCAACUCCUCCAGGAGAUAAGAUCAUAAGAAGCAGUUACUUCGUAAUUGUCAUCCGUUUCCUUCCCCUUGCACAUUGCACGUUGCACGCUGAUUCUGAUCACCUCUGACACUGAGUCUCCGAACUUCCCGUCUCCCUUUCCCUUCUUAACCACAUGAAACCAUAGCACACCCACCCCUCCCUUCCCAGUUCCCCUCGGCCAAAUCGUUUAAAGUUCAAAAGAAAAUUAGAGAUGAUGCAACGCCGGAGACCCAUUUUGCUAUUCUCACUCACACUGCUCCUCCUCCGUCUCUCUCUCUUACCAGAGAGCUCUCUUGCAUUAGAUGCCAAAAUCCUUGUCCAGACCAGGAAUACCCACCUUAAAGACACCGCCGGUCAUCUGAAAGAUUGGACCUUGGUUGGACAUCACGCCGCCGAUGCUCCUUGUUCUUGGACCGGCAUUGCCUGUGACCCUCUCACAUACGCCGUCUUGUCCGUCAACCUCUCCAGCUUCAAUCUUUCCGGCGAUUUUCCCGCUGGUUUCUGCCGGAUUCGUACCUUACAGAACCUAUCCCUCGGCGAUAACCUCCUCGAAGGGACUGUUUCCUCUGUCGCAAUUUCUGCUUGUUCUCAUCUUCACCACUUGAAUCUAUCCUACAACCUUUUCGUCGGAAAAUUGCCUGACUUUACUCCCCAGUUCUCCAACUUGCGUUCCUUGGACCUCUCUCAGAACAAUUUCUCCGGGGAAAUCCCCCCAAGCUUCGGCCGUUUUCCCAAUCUCGCUGUGCUCUGCCUCUUCGCUAACCUGCUUAACGGUUCCAUUCCUCCCUUCUUGACCAAUCUCACUGAGCUUGUCAGGUUCGAACUCGGCGUCAAUCCCUUCUUCCCAAGCCCAUUGCCGUCCGACAUCGGAAACCUACGUAAGCUCGAAAUUCUCUAUCUUACGUACUCGAAUCUCGUUGGAGAAAUCCCGGAGUCCAUUGGUAAGCUUGUCUCCCUCAAGAUUCUCGACCUCUCCAACAAUGACCUAUCUGGUCGCAUUCCUCACAGCAUUGGGGGACUGAAGAGCAUCCUACUGAUGGAGCUUUACGCGAAUUCCCUCACCGGCGAAUUACCGAAGAGUCUUGGUGAUCUGAAAACUCUGGUCAAUUUCGAUGCUUCUCAGAACAAUCUCACAGGGAGAUUACCCAUUCAUUUCGCUGCUUUGCGUUUGGUUUUCCUGGGUCUCAAUGACAACCAUUUGGAAGGCCAAAUUCCGGAGAUUAUCGCAUCCAAUCCCAACCUUGCAGAACUCAAGCUCUUCAACAACAGCUUUUCCGGUAGCUUACCCAGAAAUUUAGGCCUUUUUUCCGAUCUGGAGUACUUCGAUGUUUCGAGUAACGAUUUCUCGGGUCAUUUUCCCCCUUAUCUCUGCUACGGAAGUAAGCUCCAACGUUUAGUAGCUUUUGAUAACCGAUUUUCUGGAAAACUAUCUGGUUUUUACGGCGAUUGCAAUAGUCUUACGUAUGUGAGAAUCUUCAACAACGAGUUAUCUGGAGAAGUGCCUUCACGACUUUGGAGUCUCCCUCGGGUUACUAGGCUGGAAAUCGCUAACAAUAGAUUCGAAGGCUCGAUUCCUCCUUCAAUCUCUGGUGCUCGAAGCCUCACGCAAUUGUUGAUAACCGGUAACGAGUUUAAUGGCGAGCUUCCGACAGAAAUCUGCCUUUUACAAGAGCUUGCGGUCAUUGAUAUGAGUAGAAAUCGUUUAUCCGGCGAGGUCCCGGCAUGCAUAACGGCACUUAACAGAUUGCAAAAGCUGGACCUUCAACAGAACUUGUUUUCUGGCGAGAUCCCAAGCGAUGUAAGUUCCUGGAAGGAACUGACAGAGCUGAACCUCUCGAGAAACGGAUUCUCCGGCAACAUUCCGCGCGGCCUUGGAAAUCUGCCCGUGCUCACUUUUCUAGACCUUUCCGAGAACCAAUUAUCUGGAGAGAUUCCGAUAGAACUGGCGAACUUGAAUAUCGAUACGUUCAACCUCUCCGUCAACAAUCUCGCCGGGCCAAUCCCUCAUGGCUUCGACAACAUUUUAUAUCUCUCAGGCUUGAUCGGAAAUCCUAACCUAUGCAGUCCAGACCUAAAACCGUUCCCUCCCUGCCCGAAAACCAAUUCACGGACGGUGACCUCGGCUGUGAUGGCGAUAUUCACCGUCUUGGCAUUGAUACUGGUAGUCUCACUCUUCCAGUUAUACAAAAGCGGCAUAAUUGAAGCCAUCGCCGGGAAAGCAAAAGCGAGACGGCAGUUGAAGCUGACGACAUUCCAACUGCAACGGUUCAACGAAGAUGAGAUUAUGGAUUCAUUGACGGAGGACAACCUGAUAGGCACCGGCGGAUCCGGCAAGGUAUACAGGGCAAGAUUGAAAAACGGAGAGACCGUGGCGGUGAAGAAAAUGUGGGGAGGAAACAGGACACCGGAAACUGAGAGAGCUUUCCGUUCGGAGGUGGAGACGUUAGGGAGAAUCCGGCAUGGCAAUAUCGUAAAAUUACUGGUUUGUUAUACCGGAGAGGAGUGUAGGGUGUUGGUCUACGAGUACAUGGAGAACGGGAGCUUGGGAGACGUUUUGCAUGGCGAGGAGAAUGGUGGGAUUUUACUGGACUGGAAUAAGAGGUUCGAGAUAGCUGUUGGGGCGGCGCAGGGAUUGGCUUAUCUGCACCACGACUGCGUGCCGGCUAUCUUGCACAGGGAUGUUAAGUCCAACAAUAUAUUAUUGGAUGGGGAUUUCCGUCCCUGUGUGGCGGAUUUUGGACUCGCGAAGCUGUUGCAGCCGGACGUGGGUGGCACUGGAACUGGAACUAGAACUGGAACCGAAGGCGGUGCGCCAAGCGUAAUGUCACGUGUGGCUGGCUCAUACGGUUAUAUUGCACCUGAGUACGCCUACACCCUCAAGGUGACGGAGAAGAGUGAUGUCUAUAGCUUUGGAGUUGUAUUGAUGGAACUGGUGACAGGGAGGAGUCCUAGUGACAACCUUGGCGAGGGUAUGGACAUGGUUAAGUGGGUAAGUGAUGCUGCAACAAACUGUCCAGAACCUGAAGGAGGCACUAGUAACAUGAAUUUGCUUAGCAUUAUAGAUUCAAGGAUGAAAGUUUCAUCUAGUGAUUACGAAGAGAUUAAGGUGGUCUUGAACGUGGGUCUUCUCUGUACUUCUGCUUUUCCAAAGAACAGACCUUCCAUGAGGACGGUCGUUGAGCUGCUUAAGGAGAAGAGAGUUAUUAGUUUUCCGGCGAUGGCUUCUCUAAAAUGAUGGUUGCUCGAGGUAGAUGCAGCUAAUUGGGAAUUUACUAAUUUACUUGGGACUUGUUAUGUUGAGUUGCGAUUCCUGAAGUUGCCUCACAAGGAUAAUUUACUUUUAUUCUGAGUGAAUUGAGGCUCCUUAAGAAAACUUGCUCCUUAAACUUUGCUUAGACAGAUGAAAGCUAUAUAUUUUGGACA